CACUCUAGCGCUCGCUCUUGCCUGCACCUGAUCGCAUACUGUCGCAUUUCCGUAAUUAGUAGAUUGGCGGAUCGCAGAGCUCAAGCUGAUUAGAAGUGGAGCAAGAGAGCUUUCGCUUGUGGACGAGGUUUUAACCUCGAUUAGCUGUUAUCGGCAGAGCGAUGCUCGCUUGAGGAUGCUCCAGGUUUAAGUCCGUGGUUUUGGGGUUUAUCUCGCAUCUUGGUCAUGUAGAAACUCGCAAUCUGCGCAUAGUUUUGUUGGUUUCAACGGAAGUGUUGCUUUAGCAAGGUCCCGAGGAGGUCGUGGAUAGUUGAAGAAGUUGUGCAAAGUGUUGGGGGAAGUUUUCCAUCUUCUCGGCUGCAGGAAAGCUGCGAUUCGGUGAUCAAGCCCAUCAUUACGCACCGUUGCUGCUGUGGCGCGUUUUGCUGCUGAAACCUGCAGGAGAGGUUUAUGCCGCUCGUGGUUUUCGCUGCUCCAAUUGGAAUUUUACAUCUGCUAAAGACUUGCUGCGGCAUCCAAGUCAGCUUCGGCGACGUGCACGCGAUUUGUGUAGCACCCGCUUGUUCAGGUAAUGAUUCAAGAGGUGCAGGCGCAAUAAUUUGAAUGUUUGUCUGUACAGUGUUGCUGCUUCAGCUCAAUUCAUGAUGUUCUACAUUUGGGCAGCGAGUUGGGGAUGAAGGUGGAGAAUUCAGCUGUAGUUGAAUUUUGUUCGAGCACUUGUUAGUGUUCAUGAGAAGCUUCAAUUUUCGAGUGUAUGUGCGAACAUAUACUCUGUCGGUAAAUGGAGAAUCGAAGGAAAUCGUGGGCGCGCGUCUUCCGAGGAACUUCGCUCGAACGCCUUGAACAAGACAUGUUGCCUCGAUAGAUUGUUCAUUAGGUUUUUCGAAUGGCUUUUACUAUCUCCACCGUUUACUCCAUGGCGGCGUUCAUUGCACCCCUCAUAUGACAAUACUUGGCCCUGAGUGACGACAGCUCUUGUUCUUUACUGGAGGCUUUCACCUCUAAAGGUGAACAAUCAAAUCCUGUAAGUUCGAGGUCUGAGUUUGGACGUUACCUUUGUGGUUAGGACCGUCGCAGUUAAUUCAAUGGCUCGAUACGUAACUGUCAAAGAGUCUGACUCGAUCAGCAGUGCUUGAGGAGGGCCCACUACGGUCCAGCCUCGAACCACAAACAUUUUCUUGAGAUCACCGAAAUUUAGUAGUGCUGGGUUGAGGCGUUCAGAAGUAGGCCAUACUCUCCUCAUAUAGUCCGGGGGAAGAUGUAGUGUACCAGAAACAUCGUAGAAAUGAAAGUGGGGGAGUACUACGUGGAGAUGAUUUAAAUCGAAUGUGUGUAUACCUCAGAAUUCAAAGCAAUGCGCCUCACAUUGAAGCUCUGAAGCUGCACUUAGUGUCUUCUAAGCUGGAUGAUAGGUACUUGCUUUUGGCAUUGAUCAGGAGACCUGGGUCGUCUAAAACGAUUAAAUAUUCUGUUGUGUCUAUUGCUUUCUGUGAUUUUGACGCUUUGAGUAGCAAAUUGUGCAGGAAAAGUCCAAUCUAGCGCUUUGAUUUUGAGAGCCCCGGAAAAUAUAUCUUUCUUCAGCGCAACCCAGAUGCGAAGUCUUGGAUUGCUCUCAAGCGAGCCGCCUCAGUUUUGCUCCUGACAUUAUUCAGUUGCUUGUAACUCCUGGAAUCUGUUGUCGGUGAACUGUAAACUGAAAUUGUAACUUCGAAUAUAUCUGAUAGUAGAAUGCGCUGCCCCAGAUUCGUCAUGGUUCCAUAGCAGGACCGUUUGACCAUCUUGCCUAACACAACAUCGAAAAGCUGUAGUAGUCUUUGUAUUACACGACGUCGAAAGUCAUUUUCUUCUGGGAUUCUUUGUGGCGGCAUAUGGUAUAUUUCAGGCGCUGUCAUGAUUUUUAUAUCACUCUGCUCUUUGCUUUCAUAUUCCAGAGAUUGUUUGAGCAAUACUUUUUGCUUCAGUGUUCGAAGAGUCCUUCAAAGGACAUCACAAUAGCUUCUAAUUGCCAGCCUGUUUUCAAGCUUUGCAAAAACUAUGUGUUUUUGCAUUUCGGGGAAGUGAUCUCUUAGACUUCAGCCCCGGAAAACCAUUGCACACGAAAUUCGAUCUUUUAGUUCUGAUUGGAACAUCAGGAUAUGUUGAAUAUGUCCGACGGACUCGAGUAUCAGGCUGUGAAAACUCUUCGAACCUUUUGAUCAGUCGAAGGAAAUCUUUGGACUAGUAGAACCUUCUGUGUCUGGCACUAUAUUCACCCUGUUUAUGUAGUGAAAUUCCAAUCUAAUUGCUCAACAAUCUCUGGAAUAUUGGCAACUACGACUGCACUCGAGUCUCAAUUAACGUCAACAAAUUCAAGAGCGCGAGGUUAUCGAAGGGAUAAUUUGUAAGUAUCAGCAAUGGCAAUGUACCAGAUGAAGAAGUACUCUAGCCUUGCGUUGGCUCCACAUCGGCAUCACCAAGUGUCUUCAUAUGCCCCCACUCUAUCGACGGGAGAAAUGAACCCCGUAGACCCCAAGCCCCGACUGCGAUGGACUCCAGAGCUGCAUGAGCGCUUUGUGGACGCUGUCAACCAGCUCGGUGGCGCUGAUAAGGCUACACCAAAAUCUGUGAUGCGGAUCAUGGGAGUGAAGGAUCUUACUCUAUACCAUUUGAAGAGCCAUCUUCAGAAAUACAGACUGGGAAAGCAACUGCAUAGAGACUCCAGUGUGCAUGAAGCCAACAAGGAUGUCAGUCACGGUUCUUCAGACAUGCUGGGGACAAGUAAUGGCGCAUCUGAUCGUCCUCUGACUCCAACGUCGCAGAAUUCUCAAGACACCAUGCAGAUCACUGAAGCUAUUCGUUUGCAGAUGAAGGUUCAACGUAGACUUCAGGAACAACUCGAGGUUCAUAAGAAUCUUCAGUUGCGAAUAGAGGCGCAAGGGAAAUACCUGCAGACGAUACUGGAGAAGGCAAAAGAGACGUUAGCUGGCCAUACCUCCGCGUCCCCGGACUUGAAAGCUGCACACGCAGAGCUGACCGAAUUGGCAUCGAAGGUUAUCGGUGAUCCUGGCACAUUUGCAGCUUCUACAUCCCAGCAACUGGCCGGGUUGAACCCUCCUGAGCUAACCAAUCUUGCAUCAAACUUGAUCCAAGAAGCCUACAACGAAGUGCACAACGUCGCAACCCCCACCCUGACGCGCCAACAAUCGGGCCGCACAUCAGAUACCUCUUCCCAGAAAUCUCACCUCACUGCUAUUCAGGAAGACAGCGGGGGUAUUUCUGGUGGAUGUGAGCAACCGUCUAUACCAGGAGUCAAAAACAACAGCUGCAACCAAAUGCAAAACUCUCCCGGGGGCUAUAAUAGUAACAAUACAAGUCGCAACAGCGACCCCUUCUCUCCGCAGGGGAACGGCGCGGCGGAGAUGAGACCAUCACCAGGGACAGGGGCCUCACUCGAGCGGCCCACUCCUCGUCGUGGCGCCAUUCCCACUCUCUUCACCGACACCCAAACCACGACCCACAAUCAAAAAACAUACCAAAGCAACAUCUACAUGCCACACACGCUCCCGGAGCUGCGAAUCUCCCCAACCGUGAAAGUCGAAGGAGGGCUCGAUUUGAACAAUCACCAUCUCCACCCCGCCACUGGUCCUAACUGUAGCGGGAACAGCAUUCAACCCGCCCGUGGGAGUGACUUGGACCUCAAUGCAUUCGGCUGGGAACGAUAAGCUUUCUUCCAUCCCCCAUCUCCCAUCUCCCAUCUUUCUGUGCUCCAUGCUGUUGAAGUGACAUCCUCAUGCUUCUACAUCACCUAUACUCUCAACUCUGAUGCUGAAAUCUAGACCUCUCUUCUUGUAGCUGGGAAGCCUUGUGGAGCUGCAGGUCCAUUACUUUUUAUUGUGUACUAGUUUUAAGGAUGGUUGUGUCCAUAGCGUGUAUCCGUAGGAUGAAAGAAAAGGAGUUUUUGAGGUGCGAUUGCUCCAGCGUCAGUUCCUCCAGAUGUCCUUCUAGUAUUGUGCUGUUGUGUAGAACCUUUGGCUUAAUCCGGAAUGUCAUGGCAUCGUCAUGGUUUGAAUAUUCCUGAUUACUGCGGAUAAAUUGUGCGUAAAUCUGCUUCUUGAGUGGCUGCUCGCUUGAGUCUUCUUCUUCAUCUUCUCCUUCUUUUUCCUCGUCCUAGAUCAGUAAUUAGAAAGCUUGAGGCUCCUCAUCUUUUGAGUCGGUUCGUACUACAAGGGUGAGAUAAUUGUAAUGUUGUAAUAGCAUAUUCUCAUAAAUUAAUAAAUAAAUAAACCUACACACA